GGAAGCUUCCCCAAUUCGAACAUUGCAUUUUCAUCCAUCCGGUAACUUUUUACUUGUUGGAACUCAGCAUAAAACACUUCGUUUAUAUGAUGUGCAAACUUGCCGUUGUUAUGUAUCAGCCGUUCCAGAAGAUCAACACCUUAGUGCAGUUAAUAUGGUGCGAUGGUCGCCAAAUGGAACCGCUUUUGUUACAGCUGGGAUGGAUGGCAGUUUUAAGAUUUGGGAUGGAGUUUCAUGUAGAUGUGUUAACACAUUUGAAGCUGCACAUGAUGGUGCGCCUGUGUGUUCCGUAGUUUUUUCACGCAAUGGAAAAUAUAUUCUUAGUUCCGGUAAAGACAGUGCAGUUAAACUAUGGGAAUUAGCCACUGGAAGAUGUCUUAUAACUUACACUGGAGCAGGUACAGUAGGACAUCAAACUCACAGAUCAAUGGCUGUUUUUAAUCACACAGAAGAUUAUGUACUCUUCCCAGACGAAGCAACAAAAAGCCUGUGUUGUUGGGAUUCACGUAAUGCUGAUAGGCAGCGUUUAUUAGCCCUCAAUCAUAACGGACCAAUCAGAUGUUUUGUACAUUCACCUACAACAGCAGCAUUUAUGUCUUGUAGUGAUGAUAAUCGUGCAAGAUUUUGGUAUAAACGUCCUAUAUCAGAUUGAAAUUAUUGUAAUAUAACAUUGUUGAAUAUAUAGACAUUGUUUUAUUUUGUACAAACUAAAUUGUUUUUUUUUGUCGCUC